AUGAAGUCUUCCAGCAAUCAUGAGCUUGUGACGACGCAACCGGGAACUAAGGGGAUGGUUGUGGCCUUGUCGUCGUUAAAGGGCAGCAGCGGCAGCAGCGCACGUAUGGCGGUGAUUGCGGCUUCCGAUGGUGGCUGGGUUGCUCGUGACUGGAGGACGGCUGAUCUCUCACGUCCGACUUCAUCCCCAGCAACCACUGGAGGCGUGGCGGGGUUCUCCGAUGGCUAA